AUGGCCCGAAUAACAAUAUUGGCCUUGCUGUUGGUAGCAUUUGUCACUCUGGUGGCAAGCUCACCGCCAACAUUCUGCAAAUGCACCUGCUUCAAGAAUAGCACCAUCAUCCCGCUCGGCACGGGCCACGUGCCGGCAAACCCACCGCCCGGGCCGCAGCCGACGUCGCCAGCGACGACGGCCACAACCGCCACGGCCGCCGCGCCCACCGACAGCCCCGACGGCCAAAAGAAGCCAGCGGUGCUCCUGCCGCGCGCCGCCUCGUCCUCGUGCGCCCAGUGCAACCGCGCCUUUUGCCUGCAGUACAACCUGCCCAUCUGCAAGGGCGCCGAGGAGAAGGACGUGGUGACGCAGUGCUUCGCCCGCGACUCACGCAAGGAUCAGCUCAUCGUCUGGGCCUUCAUCCUCGGCACCGGCGGCCUGCUGGGCUGGGCAGGCCUGAAGCGCGCCCUCGAGCACCAGCAGCAGAGACGUGACGCCGCCGGGGGCAUGGGCUUCGGGGUACCUGUUGGUAGUGUUGGCAGGUCUGGAGGCCUGGGGGCGUCGAGGAGGGGUGGCGGUGGUGGUGCUGCGGGUGGAGGACAGGGUGACAGGGGGGAUUACGUCUACGUCGAUAGUGCUACAGAUCAGGGCGAGGGGAUAAGCUCGGGUGUCAGGGCGGCAGGGCGAGGAUGA